UGGCUUGUCCAUUUAUUCCAUCUCUAAAUUCCCCUAUACAACCAAAUCAAUAUAUAUAUAUCCCACCAGCAUCUUCUUCCGGUUUAGAUAGAGAAUCUAGUGAGACAAAAACCUCUUCAAAUUUAACUUUUCUCUCUCUAGUUCACACACCUCUAUCAAAAAACCGGUUUCUUGCGGGUAAUAAUGCAAUCAGAAUACGUAAAAGUGUCUCCAAUCGAAUUGGUAUCAGCAGUGUUGAAUGAAAAGGUGACGGAGAAGUUGAACACAUCAAAACUGCGAGAAAAAACGAUGCUGGAGGAGAAUCAUAAGCUGCUGAGAUUGUCCACCAAGAGCUUUAGAGUCUUGCUUGGCGUUUUUGAGAAAGCAUACAGAAAGUUGCUGAGAUCGUCCACGAAGAAACCGGUUAAGGAACCGGAGCCACAGAAAGUUGUUGCGACAAAGUUAGAGAAGGAAGGGGAGGUGGAUGAUGGCAAGAAGAAGGUUUCGAUUUUCUUUGGAACUCAAACCGGAAACGCUGAAAGUUUCGCCAAGGCAUUUGUAGAAGAAGCAAAAGUUCGAUAUGAAAAGGCAACCUUUAAAGUAAUUGAUUUGGAUGCUUAUGCCGAUGAUGACGAUGAGUAUGAGGAGAAACUUAAGAAAGAGUCUUUGGCAUUUUUCUUUGUAGCUACGUAUGGAUCUGGUGAGCCAACAGAUAAUGCGGUCAGAUUUUAUGAAUGGUUUACAGAGGGGGAUAAGAAAGGAGAAUUGGUUAAGAAACUUCAAUAUGGAGUGUUCGGCGUCGGCGACAGGCGAUACGGGCAUUUCAACAAGGUUGGAAUAGUGGUCGAUGGUAAACUCGAAGAGAUGGGUGCAAAACGCCUUGUACCUUUGGGCCUUGGAGAUGAUGAACAAUCUAUUGAAGAUGAUUUUGCAGCAUGGAAAGAGUUAGUGUGGCCUGAGUUGGAUCAAUUGUUGCAUGACAAGGAUGACAUGAGUGUUGCCACUCCUUACACGGCUGCUGUUUUAGAAUACCGAGUUGUAUAUCAUGACAAACCCGACCCGUCUACAGAAGACCAAACUCAUACAAAUGGUCAUUCUGUUCAUGAUGCUCAACAUCCAAGCAGAUCCAACGUGGCAUUCAAAAAGGAACUACACACCCCUCAGUCCGACCGGUCUUGCACUCAUUUGGAAUUUGACAUCUCUAACACCGGAUUAUCAUAUGAGACGGGUGAUCAAGUUGGUGUCUACUGUGAGAAUUUAAGUGAAGUUGUAGAUGAAGCUGUAAGAUUAGUCGGCUUACCACCCGACACUUAUUUCUCGAUUCAUGCCAAUAAAGAGGAUGGAACGCCUAUCAAUGGCUCCACCUUGCCACCUCCGUUCCCUCCAUGCACUUUAAGAAACGCAUUGGCGCGCUACGCAGAUGUUUUAAGUUCUCCUAGAAAGACGGCUUUGCUUGCUCUGGCUGCUCAUGCUUCUGAUCCCAGUGAAGCCGAUCGACUAAAAUUUCUCGCAUCGCCAGCUGGCAAGGAUGAAUAUGCUCAGUGGAUUGUUGCAAGCCAGAGAAGUCUUCUUGAGGUUAUGGAGGCAUUCCCGUCAGCCAAGCCUCCACUUGGCGUUUUCUUCGCGGCUGUGGCGCGACGCAUACAGCCUCGAUACUACUCGAUUUCUUCUUGUCCAAAGGUGACACCGAACCGCAUUCAUAUCGCUUGUUCAUUAGUUUAUGAUAAAAUGCCUGCAGGCCGUAUCCACAAAGGACUUUCUUCAACCUGGAUUAAGAAUGCUACGCCUUUGACUGAAAGUAAGGAUUGUAGUUGGGCACCCAUUUUUGUUAGAACAUCCAACUUCAGACUUCCUGCUGACCCGAAAGUCCCGAUUAUCAUGAUUGGGCCCGGCACUGGACUGGCUCCUUUCAGGGGCUUUCUUCAAGAAAGACAAACUUUGAAGGAAGCUGGAACCGAGCUCGGGCCAUCUAUUUUCUUUUUCGGAUGCAGAAACCGCAAUGUGGAUUUUAUAUACGAGGACGAACUAAACAACUUUCUGGAGACUGGCGUUCUUUCUGAGCUUGUUGUUGCUUUCUCCCGUGAAGGGGCGGCUAAAGAGUAUGUGCAACAUAAAAUGGGCCAAAAGGCUUCAGAAAUCUGGAAUUUGCUUUCAGAGGGAGCGUAUUUAUAUGUAUGUGGUGAUCCUAAAUGCAUGGCUAAAGAUGUACACCGAGCGCUUAACACAAUUGUGCAAGAACAGGGAUCUCUAGACUCAUCCAAGGCAGAGUUGUAUCUGAAGAAUCUACAAUUGUCAGGAAGAUAUCUUCGUGUUUCAAGAAGGGUAAAUAGCACAAAACUUAAAAAUUGUUGAAUAAGUUUGAAUAAUAGAGGUGUACAACUACUGUGAGACACUAUUAAAAAUAUCCAAUUGUUUUGA